AAGAGGAUUCAUUGGAUGUGUACUGGAUGUGCGUGAUACAGACAGCAAGUAAGCUUACGAACGCUCUCUUUGACCCCAUAAGGUACAACAGUACACCACUUCAAGUUUUGUAUUAUAGAUAUGAGAUCGCAAGUUCACGCUGAACUUGGAAGAUAUAAUAUAUAAGUUCAACUAAAUAUACAGGCACUAUCGAUCUUGCCUACUUAAUGCGUACUAGUAUUUAAUAGCAGAUAGGAAGCCUAGAAUGUAAAAGAAUGAUUCGCUCCAUAACCGCGUUUGUGAGAGGGGCAGCUUGGCUGCAAACUAGAGGAGCCGCACAGUUGGCUGGUCGUCCUUUCAUGCCAGGAGGCGAGGGUGAAAACUUCCCUAAAUAUCUUGAAGAGCCUAGAGAGAAUUUCCCAGUACUCGUGACUGGUACAGAUGCUGGCAUAUCGCCAACAGACUCUCCCAAAGCUUGCGCAGAAGCUGUCAAGGAAAAACUCAAGGAUCAGCUGCUGAAAUACGGUGCAAUAUUAUACAGGGACUUUCCAAUCAAAAAUCACGAUGACUUUGCGGAAUUUUUUAAUAACCUCGGCCCAUAUAAGUCAAUGGAUUACAAAGGAGGAGCGGCAGUUAGAAACACAGUUGGAUCCCAAAACAAGAAUGUAUACACAGCCAGCAGAGAGCCACCAGAAUGGACCAUUGAGCCCCAUAAUGAAAUGGCGUACAUGUCAUACUGGCCAAAACUGAUAUUAUUUUACUGUGACGUUCCUCCACCGGAGGGCACGGGGGGCGAAAGUGUCAUAUGUCACGUGAGAGACAUUCUCGAGAAAUUGGACCCGGAUGUUGCUGCAAAGUUUGAUAAACUUGGGAUACGAUACAGCAGACAUAUAGCCGAUAAAAGUCAAGAUUUCUAUCAGUCCUGGCAAGAGGUGUUCCGUACUGAGGAAAGAGGAGAAGCAGAGAAGUACCUCAAAGAGACUGAUAACCAGUGGAUUUGGAACGAAGAUGGCUCUAUAAACUUCUGGCAGACGAGACCCGCAUUCAUAAAUCAUCCCAUAACAGGAGAAAAACUUUGGUUCAAUCACAUCCACAGAAAACACGCCAGUGCUUGGAAAUCCCACCCAGUAUGGAAGAAGAUAUGGGAAGAACAGAAUAUAAAUGACGAACAGUUCCCAACUCACAGUGCAUAUGGAGACGGCUCUCCUAUUCCAGAGAGCGUUGUUCAGCAUAUCAGAGAUGUUAGCUGGGAGGUCGCUGUCGGGACACAGAUGAAACACAAGGACGUCAUGGUCCUUGAGAAUCACCUCGUACAGCAUGCCCGACUUAGUUUCACAGGGCAACGAAAAUUGCUGACGAUUUUGGCGGAGUAUGCAUAAACUUGGAAAUUCCAGUCAAGAAAAUAAACUUGCUCAAACAUUUUAUAUCAACAUAUAUUGUGAUUCCUGUUAAAAUGCUUUAAAUCGUACAAACUGAAAAACGACUUGUUUAGAUAAGAUAUGCAAGUACGAAGUAUGUUUAAUUCUUGUAUGACUUUAUCAUGGUACCUCCUGUGUAAUCAUUAUGUAUGUUAUUCCUGACAUAUUUUCAUUGUGUUAGCUGUAAUUUCUUCUUCAAAAUCAGUUUACAUUUUCUCAUAAAAACGAAUAAAUCAGUAUUAUAGUAAAG